AUAUGUUCCGGCGUUGAUGUUGUAAAUAAUGGUUGAUUGAGUUAUGGCUGGGCCAAAGUUCUUUAUUUAUGGUGGAAGCCGGUGGCGUGAAGUGUGUACGACGUCAGGGUGUGUGGACGGUUGGGGGAAUGUGCAGUUCUUGACUGUUCGAAGCGGGCGUCUCCAAUUGGCGCGAAAAGACACCGUGUUGCGUGGCUUGAGAUCCCUGGCAGCCUGUAAGCCGACUACUGUGCAUGAUGGACCACCGCUUUCACAAAUUAGAUAUAACAAAGUUGUAGAAGGGAAGAAGGAACACGACUGCUUGCAGUAUCAGCAUCACCACUGUUGCUGUAAGCCAAAUGACCUUCGGUACAACUCUGAUGUCAUCUUCAACAAUAUAUUCAAAGCUGCAUCAACAUGCACAACGGCGGUGCAGUGCAGUGGUGAAGUAAGUAUGGGUGCUUCAAAUUCAAAUAAACCAAUCGAUGGACCAAGUCAAACUUCAGCAAGAACCAAAAGUGGAGUGAAAUUAUUAUUAGCCAAGCGUAAAAGAUCUUCAAGCAAAGAUGAACAACCAAGGAAAAAACACGUUCAAUCAAACAAAGGUAGAAACACCAGUGAUGAGGAAAUUGAAUCGUCAUUGGUGGAAAGGAGACGGAUAUAUCACGUAGAUAAAGACAAAAACAAUGAUAAAAACAUACAAAAAAUCUCUUCAAGCGAAGAUGAGCAAGAAAAACCAAGGAAAAAACAUGUUCAAUCAAACAAAUGUAGAAACACGAACGAAAGGCGACGGAUAUAUCACGUAGAUAAAGACAAAAACAAUAAAAAUAAAUCGAAAAACAUUUAUAAAAACAUACGAAAAAUAUCUUCAAGCGAAGAUGAGCAAGACGUUAGAAAUAAAAAUGUUAAAUUAACAGAACAUACAAAUGAAAGUGACGAGGAAAUAGGGACACCAUUGGUGGAAAGGAGACAGAUAUAUGACAAUUAUGAUAAAAACAAAUCUAAAACUAGACCACGAAUCGUUUUAAGUGAAGACGACCAGGCUGAAGCAGUAAAAGGAAAGGAAACUCCAGUACGGAGUGGAAAACAAAGUCCUGUGAAAUCGGGGAAUGUUUUAAAAGCACUAAAGAGCCCAAGAGUGUUAUUACGACCACAUACGAUAAAUAACAAACAAGAGAUAAAUAAGCCAAAUAAUAUUCAAUCACCACAUUCCUCAAGUGAUGGUAGCAAUGGAAUACAACCAAAACCUGCCGGCAAGUCAUCACAGACUAUAGAAGAAAUUUUGGAAGAAAUGUUUAAUACUAAACCUACCAGAAGACCAAAGCGCAAGCUAUCCAGCGAUGAUGAGAGUUACCAAGAAGUCAGGACUUCUAAGCGAAUUGUUGGAAGAAAUCAAGAAUUGGUAAGCAAACGCACGCAGGAAAUGGGUAACGGUGAUCACUUGUGCAAGGAAUUGGUGAUCGGGGAGGAGGACGUCCAGCUUCUUCGUACCUUCAUAGAAAAGGACAAGGAUAAUAUAUUCGACGUGGACUUGGAGAAGUUCGACACAGACGAUAAUCAUAAAAGGGCAAUAUUCUACAAGCUGAAUCCACUUGUAAACGUCGCGAGGUGUAAACGCAUAGCGGUCAUGCUGAGGGAGCGCCGCGAACAGUCCUCCGCCGUCUCCUUGGAGGACUUCAUAUCGACGCUCGGCCUGUGUAGCGUGCUCGACACCUCCUCGCAGGCCAGCAGCAAGUACAAGAUGCGUGCGAGGCGGAAGCCAGACAGUGGGCCGGACAAGGAAAAUCACAGGAGCAGCUUACGCAAACCGAACGCUUCCUCUAGCAGCUCAAUGAGCAAAGUAUUAGUCGAAAAACUACGAGACAGCGGUAAUAAGAAGAAAAUAAUUAGUACGAAGAGAAGAAAAGCGGUGGGCCUGAUCGGGAAGAUGUCGUCGAGGCCCUUGAGGUCGCGCAAAGAAGUGGAAGUGGUCUCGCUGAGCAGUGACAGUGACAGUGUGUUCGAGAAGAGCAAACGGGAUAGUGCCUUGGAGACGAGGAAGCGGGGGACGUCAGAAGUGAGGCGACCGGAUACAGGAGCUGCGCUGAAGCGAGAUGGCGAGAAAGUCGAAGCGAAAACGAGUGGAACGGCGAGUAGAAAGGCAAAUGGACCAGCUAGUGGAAGGGCGAAUGGGAGAUUGAGCGGCAAGGCUGGCGGUCGGGAGUACACCCGAUCGGAGGACGAGGCGGUGGUGGCCUGGGUGCGGGGGGCGGAGCGAGCCCGCCGCGUCAACGGCAACCAGCUGUGGAGAGAACUGCAGCCACUACACCAGCAAAAGACGGGACACUUCCGCUCGUGGCACUCCCUGCGCAACCGCUACCUGCGCUACCUGCUGCCGUCGCUGGGCGCGCUGGCGCUACCGCCGCCCGAGGCCGUCCGCCUGCGCGCCGCCGCCGCCGCCGGUGAGUUGAAGUCCCGCAAGAAGCCGCAACGCCGCAAUUCGCUGCUGAGCGAGCCGCGGGUGCGCAGCGCGUGGUCGCGCCGGCCCCGCCCCCCGGCCCGUGAGUCCCCCUCCCCCUCCCGCCCCGUGUCCCCCGUCCGCUCGCCGACGCCAGCUCCCUCGUCGUCGCUCUCUCCUCCCGUCCAAGUUGAUUCCUCCCACUAUUCCUCGCGUAAUAUCAGCAGAAGCAGUAGUUCCUCCGCGUCGUUAGGAGAUAACACGCCGACAGACAGACGACGUUCGCUAAGAAAUUCGUCCGCCAAGAAGUCAGCGUCUACAGAGAAGCAGACCCCGCGGAAGCUGCGCUCCAGCACGCAGGCGUCGCCGCCCCCCCGCGCGCGCACGCCCACCUACUCGCAGCUCACGCGGCGCUUCGCCGACGAGCGCCCCCCGCGCCCCCCGCGCUCACCGCCCGCCCCGCCCGCCGCCGCCCCGCCCCGCCCGCGCACUCGCCGCCUCUACAAUCCGAACGCUACAUGACACCCGACUCCGCUUAAUAUUCGAUAUUUCAUAAGAAAAAACUGUCCACAGUGAAAUUAUUCGAAUAUGUUUAAAGACGAGAUCGUUGUUUUUUUUGUUUAUAUACGAAAGGUAGACGAAGUGGGCCACCUGGUGGUGCGUGGUCACCACCAAAUUCGAUAUCACUCAGCAACAUUGAGGCUAAGAUGCUAUUUAUUGUGCUUGUAAGUGGCUCACUCAUCUUCGAACCGAAUCGUCGUACAUAGAAAAAAAUCUAUUAAAUUGUGUGAUUAAAAAAUAUGUGAAGGUAAUUAGGUUGAAUUGACCACAAAAGAUUAUUUGGUUUAAAAGAAAAAAAAAGUUAAGUAACAAUCGUCCCACUGCUGGGCUAAGGUCUCUCCUCUUUGAGUAGCAGGCUGUGUACCUAUGGCGCUUUCGCGUUUGUCUGGCCGUUCGAUAGUAAAGGGCGGAAGGAAUCAGUUCAUAUAUUUCCUGCGCACAUUCUCCGAAAUGUAUACACGUCGAUUUUCGAGACUUUGGAGUCUUUUGCAAACACUUCUCUUUUGUAUGUUUCUAUUUAUAAUGCAACACUAUUAUUCUACAUGUCUUGUAUUUUAUUUUAUAUUCAAAGUUUCGUUAACAAUUUCGCUGAUUCAAAACGCCAUUUUUUCACGAAUCCAUAACGAACACCACAGAUUAUUCAAAUCUCGACCAAUGAUAUCGCGUUAAUACGAUGCCAUUGGACAAGGACAUUGUCCUUGCUCCUCUUCACUAUGGAGUGAAGCGUUUUCUCAAUUUGUAUUCAUUUAACAAUGUAUAUAAAAAUCUUGAAAAUAUUUCUUUUCUUUAUUAUUAUUAUUAUUUAUGUAUAACAACUUUACAAUAAUUUAUUUGUUUCGUAAUUCUCUUCUAGAUCAAAACCUACUUGUAAUGUUUAAGAAAUUUCUUGCAUUAUGUAUAUAUAUAUGUAUAUAUUACUAGCUGUUUCGCGUUGUUUUACCCGCGUUAAACGUUCCAAAUUAUCGUUACUCCCGUGGGGUCGUAUAUGCAUAGCGUGAAGUAUAUAUACCUAUCCUCAAGAUUUGGGCUAACGAAUGCAGAAAUUCGACAAGCUCGAGAGAUUAGCGACAAACAAAUGAACAACUUCAGGUUCAUUAUAUCAGUAUAUAAUAAAGCUGUAUAUACUUUUAUUGACAUGUUACAUAACGGUUUGUAUUUUUAUUUUAUUUUAUAGAAUAGGAAGGCGGACGAGCAUAUGCUCCACCUGAAGGUAAGUGGACACCAACGCCCAUAGACAUUGGCAUUGUAAGAAAUGUUAACAAUCGCUAACAUCGCCAAUGCGCCACCAACCUUGGGAACUGAGAUGUUAUGUCCCUUGUGCCUGUAAUUAUCCUAUUGAAUAAUCAUUUUGAAUACAGAUGAUAAAAAGAAAUAAAUAGACGUGUAUCUAUUCACCCCGUAUACAAUUUUAAAAGGCGGAAAGGAAAUAUUACAGGGUCGUUUCAAAUAAAGCAAAUAUAAGUUCUCUAACAUUAAAUUAACUUUAAUAUAAAUAAAAUUUAAGUUCAGUUGUUUACUUAUCUUUAUUUUAAUGGACGUGUGGUUGAGUUUUGCUGUAAUGUAAUGUAAUGGCUGAUUUAUCUAAAUAUAUCAUACAAUAGACACAUAGAAGAUAUAAAUAUAUACGUUUUGAUAUAAAAACAUUUUUGUAAUUAUUUUUAACUGGAUUAAAAUAAAUCACUAAAAAUAUACGACCUUUCUCAAUUUAGUUAAACACUGAUGCUCUCUUUCUGUCAUUAUUGAUUUGACAUUCGAAAGAAGAAGACAUAGCAUUGUUUAACCAAUCACCCGCUCAACAACGUUUAUAAGCAAGGCCGUUACAUACUAGCCAAACAUUUCAAGAUGGCCGUGACAUAAUGACGUCAUAGGCACAAAUACUAGUACUGUUAACAAAAAAAUAUAUUUUUUUACGAUUAGUAAUUGUAUAAAAGUUUGUGUUAAAUGUUAACACGCUUAUUGUAUUUCGUAUAUAUAUUAGUAAGAAUUUAUUUGAAAAUUAAGCAAGAUCGUUUCAAGGAAAAUAAAAAAGUGCAUAUUUAUAAAAAAGUGUUGUUAUUCGUGCUGAGUGGAGGCGCGGUGCGGGGGUGAGCGGGGGUAACGGCCAUCUCGAAGUGAACGCCUAGUGUAUAUUCCUUUUUUAGAUACAAACUGAUUUACCAUACGAUGUUUUUUAGUAACUACAGACAAUAUAACUUGUCUGCGGUUGCUUGUUUUUGAGACAGUUAAAUAUGUUGAUAAUAAAAAUUAUGUUAUUAUAAUGAUGAAAUAUCAUUGUGUUUUUUUUGAUAAUUAUUUAAAUUAAAGUUAUGUAUUUAGGACUGAAAUGUUAUUUUAGGGAUUCCCAGUGUUUUCCAAUCAAACUGAAGCCAAAAAUUAGGAACCCAUUUAUGGCCAAGGGUGUGUUGUGUAACGCCCUCUAUUUAUGACGUCAUUUAGGCAAGAAUAUGCUAUCACGAUACUCUCAUACGUUUAUAAACCGCAUUAUAUAAUCCUCAAACCUUCACAACCUUUUCAAAAGGGAGAGGAGGCCUUAGCCCAGCAGUGGGACAUUAACAGGCUGUUACUAUUAUAUAAUUAAUUAUAUUUAUAGUUAAUUAAGAAGUUAUGGCUACCUAAGUACUUCAAGUUCCUUUAGAAAUGUAAAAUAAAAAAUGAACAGGCAAUUAUUACUAGGUGCCGAGGCACGUACCCCCUAGGCUCUAUAAACGCCACUGUGUACAUAAUAGGCCUAUUGUGUUUUGUGUAAGAACAAACUCAAAGGUAAGUUUAUCACCGCAGAAAACGGUAGAUAUACGGUAGCUGAAGAUAGUGAAAGCUGAUAUGCGACAUUGAUCGUAAAAGUUAUUAAAUAUCACGAAUACACGUAUCAAAAUAGUAUAUUGCCAUAAGGCGAUUGUCAACAAAGGUUCUAGGAAGUCACGGUACUGUCAAGUCUUGAUUAAUAUCAUUGGAUGGCGCCACCGUCGAUGUUAUUAAAAAUUUGUUUUCGGCGUGGCGCUAAUAGAUGGCGUUAGAAACGAAAUUGACUUGUUUCAACGUCAACAUAUCGAAUGAAUCUUAUGUAAGUCUACAGUUACAAUAUUGCGAAUAAGAUAUUUGUUAUGGAUAUCAAUAAUGUAUAUGAGAUUGUAUUUAAUUAAAUAUAUAUAUUUCGAUACAU